AUGAGUGGCUGCGAUUUUUUCCAAGGGAGUUGGAUUUAUGAUGAUACAUAUCCUCUAUACAAUUCUUCAAUGUGUUCAUUUAUUGACAAUCAGUUUGAUUGUGAGGGAAAUGGUAGAAUUGAUAAACUCUACCUUAAGUACAAAUGGAAGCCCCAAGGAUGUGAACUCCCCAAAUUUAAUGGACAAGAUUUCUUGGAGAGAAUGAAGGGGAAGAAGAUAAUGUUUGUAGGGGACUCUCUUAGCCUCAACCAAUGGCAAUCCCUCACAUGUAUGUUGCAUGCAGCAGUCCCCCAAUCAAACUUCUCUUUGCAGAGGAGAGGAGACCUCUCUACUUUUUAUUUUCAGGAUUACAACAUUUCUUUGAUGUUAUUUCGCAACGCAUUUCUAGUAGAUUUAGUGAAAGAGAAGAUGGGAAGAAUUCUUAAGCUUGAUUCCAUCCAAGAUGGAAACUCAUGGAAAGGGUUGGAUAUGCUCAUUUUCAAUACAUGGCAUUGGUGGCUCCAUAAAGGAAGCGCGAAACCAUGGGAUUACAUCCAAAAAGGAGGUAAAUUGUACAAAGACAUGGAUCGUUUGAUUGCAUUCAGUGAGGGACUAAAAACUUGGUCAAAGUGGGUGGAUUCAAAUAUAGAUCCCUCCCGGACCAAAGUAUUCUUUCAAGGCAUCUCUCCUACCCAUUACAAUGGUGCUGAGUGGAAUGCAUCAAAAGGAACCACAUGCAACAGUGAAACUAAGCCCAUUACCGGCUCAGUGUACCCGGGAGGAUCGCCGCCACCAGUGGCCGUGGUAAAAGGAGUGUUAAGCAAGAUGUCGACUGCAGUGGAAUUGCUAGAUGUAACUCAACUUUCACAGCUUAGAAAAGAUGGGCAUCCAUCAAUAUAUGGCAUUGGUGGGGCUAAAGGGAACGACUGCAGUCACUGGUGUCUUGCUGGUGUACCUGAUACUUGGAAUCAAUUGUUCUAUGCAAUUCUUGUUACAAAUGGAAAAUCAAAAAUCUAA